UUCAGAUGGACUUCAGUUAAAAUGAAAAGCCUAAAAGCAUUUUAGUUUGGCUCGUGUUGCCAUCGCGUCUAUAUCGUUUAUUUCGUUUCGUCCCAUAGAUUAUUCCAUAUUUUUCGUCCCCGGAAAAAAAAAAUUACAGGUGUCAUUGAGAGGUGAAUACACUUUGGACUAAAAUAAAUAAAAAAAUAAAUAAAUAGAAAAUAUUAAAAUCAUAACAAAAUUAAAUUUUUAUAACUUACUCAUCAAGCAUACAAACAAAAUUAUUAUUAUUAACAAAACGCAAUAUUGUGAAUGAAAUCGAUACAUAAUUGAAAAUCGAUAAUCGUAACUUUUCUAUUUUGUAAUAAAAACUCGAAAUAUUGAAAAAGUUAUUGAAAUUUUACAAUUUAAUACAAAACAAAAGGUGUGUAAAGUAAAUUAAAAUAUAAAAAAAAAGUCGGCCACAUUUACAUGUUUUCUAGGCUACUUACAAAAAAAAUAUACAUAUUUACAUAUUGAUAUUUCAAGAGAUUUGUAAUUUAUAAUAAAAAAAUAAAAAAAAUUUGAAAGUGAUGGUUUUAAAUUUCAAAAAAUAGAAAAAAAAAAUGACAUUUUAAAAUAAUACAAAUCUAUACAAAAUUGAAAAUAUCAAAUAAAAUAUAACAGUUUUGUAAAUUUACAUGUGUAAUAUGCUUUUGUACACCCCUAUAUUCGUAUAUGAAUUGUAAGCGUUUUGUUAAUUAAUUUCGGGUCAAAUUACUUUAAAAUUAAAUUAAAUUAUUCGAUAUUCUUAAUACGAGUACAAAUUUGUUAUAAUUAAAAAAACAUUUUGAGUUCUAACUAAAUUUGUCUACACAAGAGAGAAAAAUUUACUAAUUGAAAUUUUUUUUUAUUGGAAUACACGAAAGUCUACCAUAAUUGGAUUUUAAAACGAAAAUUUAUUAUCAUCAAGCAAUAGGAUGGCUAAUAUAAUCUUAAAAAGAAUGAAUCCAAUUCAGAUAUCUUCAUCAAUUCUAGUCUUAUUAAUAUCAUUAUCAAAUGCGAUAAGAGUUGACUGGAAUACUAAUAAAGGUCCAAUAGUUCCUCCAGUACCGACACAACCACCUAGACCACAACAACCAUAUCGAGAACCAGCACCAGUAUGGGAAGAUCAAAGUGAUGAUAUACCAAAUCCAAAUCCUUAUAUAUAUGUACUUCCACCACCAUCAAGACCACGUCCACCCGUUGAUAAUUAUUUGAGAGCCCCACUUUAUCCACAAAAUACACAACAGCAGCAACAACAUAAAUUUAAUAAUGGACAAGUUAUAUCGAAUCCAUCAAAAUAUCAGAAUAAUAUAGUUCCUAGUUUAGCUGUUCAAUAUGUACCAAACUAUGGCUUUAAGUACAGUGCAGUAGUGCCACAAAAAUCAUACUAUUUGCAAGAGAAUGAUAUUUAUGAUCACAAAUAUGAGAAACCAAAUGGAAGAUAUAACGCCAAAUUGAAAAAAUACAAGGCAUAUGAAGAAAAGCUAAAAUAUUAUCCAGAAAAUCAUCAAGCGCAACAGCGAGCUCAACAAGUUAACCAAUAUCAAUUUGCUGUUCAACCACAACAACAAUUACCAUUUUUACAAGCUCCACAACCUUUUAGGACACAACAAUAUAAUCAACAACAAUUUAACCAACAACAAUUACCAUUACAACGGAAUCCAAUCCCAUUCAAUAGUCAAAUAGAUAAUACAAAAAAUCAACAGCAACAAUCUGGACAACAACAGCAGCAACAACAAUGGAAUCAACAAAAUUUUCAAUCUCAAAAAAAUUUAGAACAAACAGCUCCACAAACAUUUCAGAAUCCGACACAACCAACAUAUUCAUCACCUCAAACAACAAACGCGUCAAUAACACCAACCAAUAAAUCACAAAAUUUAGGAAAUAACAGUCGACAAAGUUGAAGUUAAGCACAAAUUUGUAAUUUUUUUUUUCGUUUCCUUUAAUCCUUUGUAUAAUUAUAAUUGGCCAUAAAAUCCGCGCUGCAUUUUAAAAAACAAAUCUAAUUCCAAAAAGAAUUUUUCAUUCUAAUACUCUUAAAAUUUUAUUUAUAAAUUUUAUAAUUUUUUCUCGAACUCAAAUUAAUUUACUUUCGAAAAAUAUUUAAGCUACAAACGUUGUGUUUUGUUUUCGAAAAUUAUUUUAACUAUUUUUAUUCUUAAAACUUUUCUUAACUAAUGAUGUUUGUAAUUAUUGUAUAUAAAUAAAAAAAAAAAUAAAAAAAUUGGUAACUUACCAUCGUUACUUAUUUAAAAUUUACAAA